AUGACCAAGUUGUGGACUUUGAUCACCCACCUUCAUUCCCUUGCUGGGCCGGUUUUGACAUUAUUGUACCCUUUGUAUGCAUCGGUGGUAGCAAUAGAGAGUCCGUCGAAGGUAGACGACGAACAGUGGCUAGCUUAUUGGAUAAUCUAUUCCUUUCUCACCCUUGGGGAGAUGCUUCUUCAACCUGCUUUAGAGUGGAUACCGAUAUGGUAUGAUGUGAAGCUAUUGGUGGCGGCAUGGUUGGUUUUGCCGCAGUUUAAAGGAGCUGCUUACUUGUAUGAGAGAUUUGUGAGAGAUCAUAUAAGAAAAUAUGUGACUGAGAAGGAGCACCACCGGGUGCACCACCGUCCUGAGAACCCGAAGCUGCUGCAACAAGUUAACAAAAAAUCACCCACUGGAGCUAAAACCAAGAAGUUUGUUGAUUUUAUUAUUCCGAAGAAAGGGGACCAGGAGGCUUAUUGA